CAGAUGCAGCUGCUUGAUGACAUCACCGCACCGAACCUCCCCUACCCCUACGAAAUGGUUUUUAAAUUUAACGAAGACCGCAGGAAUAGACAUGUUGUAGACACGUAUGUUAGAUCUUUCUAUUAA